AUGUCAGACUACAGACGAAGAGAUUCUCGGGAUGUCCGAAGAGAGUCAGGCCAUAGCAAGCGAAGUAGUGGUAGAGGUUAUCGAGAUGCAGAUACAUUUGAUACUCCAGAUAAAGUUAUGCCUGAAACAUUGGAUUAUGAAGGCAGAGGUGGUCACAGCAACUCUCGUGAAAAUGGUCAGCGUUCGAGUGGUAGAGGACACAGUAAAAGUCGCAGCAGAAGUCGAGGCCGCUCCAAUCGCCAAUAUAGGUCAAGAUCUCGUUCACCUAAAGACGACCAUCUUGCUUUGGAUCGAUCUGAGCGAGGCUACAGAGACCGUGAAGAAGACUAUCGACGAAGUCGAGACAGACGUCGCUCUCUUUCCAGAUCUACAUCGCCACGUCAUCAUCGAAGACGCUACAGUGUUAGUCGCAGUCCAAGCGUAGAACGUGGGCGUAAUCGCCGAUCUAGGAAUGAAAUAGACGAUCGUGAACAACCCAAUCAAGCUCCUAUCAAAAAAGCCAGCUCUAGUCGUGCCUAUUCAAACGAUAAUUUAAGUGGAAAACAUAGUGAUUUGCAAGAUUGCACUUCUGAGAAUGGAAAUAAUAUAGAGGAGUUGGACGAAGAAGCAAAGAUGCGUCUUCUUAUGGGAAUUGAUGGGUUUGACUCGACAAAGGGAAAAAAGGUUCCUGGGACAGAUAUCAGCAAUGCCAAGAUUAAUAAGAAGCGCCAAUACCGUCAAUAUAUGAACAGAUCCAAGGGAUUUAACAGAGCUCUUUCUCCUGGAUAGUGCAACUAUUAAUGACCAUGUUAAACUUUUGUAUGAAAUAAACGCUGGGUAUUUGCAACAAA